CGUUUACAUUUCCUACCCCCUUAAACAUCUUCCCAAAUGAUAGAUUUUUCACAAAUAAUUUUUUUUUUUAAAAAUCCUUCUUGAACAUCUCAAAUUCAUAUAUCAUUCUUAACCUCGUCUUCCAAUUCCCUUGUGGCCCCAAAAUCGGGCUGAUUGAAUCGAUAAUAACAAUCUUCUCUUGUAAACAAAUUAAGAAUCACUCAUGGAAAGAAGAAGAUUCAAGAUCCCCGUUUCCUUCGCAGGUAUCUUUCAACUGACACGCCUCCCUGUCAUUGCAGGCAGUGACAGGUGGCACAUUUAGAGGAGGGAUUGACAUGAAUUGAGAAAGGUGAAAACCAAACAGCUAAAGAGGUAAAGAAAAAAGAACCGGGCCUUCCACGGUCCAAGUCACGAAAUUAUAUGAACGAGAGCAUUUAUUAAGUUCUUAUCAUGUGACGGCAUGUUUGCAAGAAAGGCAAAAACAGUCCUUGCCUUCAAGGAGCUCUCAAUUCAGUGGGAGAGACAACAUGCCGACAAUUGUGUAUAUUGGCAAAACAUAUACAGGGGAUAUGGGGUAAUUUCAGAGGUAAGUGAGUGAGGAGGCAGGGAAAGACAGGAAAGUCCUCUUGCAGGAAGGUGGAAUUUGAACUGAGUCCUGAAAGAAGCCGAGUCUGGGUGUGCACCUCAUUUUUAGCCACACCACAAAUUUAUCCCAUUGCUGCUGGAAUCUCUCAGAUGUAAGCGGGCGAAUGCGCGUGGGACGCCGACGCGGACCUGAACUAAUCAGGUGUAAGAAUGCAGAACCAGAAAAGACAUUAACUCGCCAGCAAGCCCUAGCCAAGCCACUUACGUUUGCUCAUCCCCAUGAUGAAAGGGACUGAGACCUUCUAAGAAUCUAAGCCGGCGCAUAGCUCCGCUGGCUGCCGAGGAAGCACAGCUAGACAAACCAGGCUCCAGCGCCUGUGUCCCUGCCCGGGGCACAUUGCACGCUGGGAGAUGUAGUUCUGGAACAGAUGGAACGUGUUGACGUCGUCGGGCCGCUUGACGUAUCACGUUCCCACUCCUGCACGUCCCCCUUCAAAUCCUACUCCUUUCUAAGCCUCAGUCCAGUUCUCCCUCUACCCCGGCUCAGCCUCCGAACCCGGAGAACUUUUUACGACACACGGGAUCCCAGAGUCCUCCCCGGCGCCGGCUCGCUUUUCGGCAAAGUGACGUGGACGUCAACAGCAAUGGCGGAAGGAGAGGAGGCAUCGCCGCCGCCAACGUCGGAUAGCGACAGCUGGGAAAAAGAUCUUGGAGAAGCUUUGGAAACUGGAGGUUGUGAUCUUGAAACUUUGAGGAAUAUAAUUCAAGGGAGACCCCUGCCUGCUGAUUUGAGGGCAAAAGUUUGGAAGAUUGCUUUAAAUGUUGCAGGGAAAGGUGACAGUUUAGCAUCUUGGGAUGGUAAUUUGGAUCUACCAGAACAGACUACAAUACACAAGGAUUGCCAGGAACUAAUUGAUCAGCUUUCAGUGCCAGAAGAAAAGACUGAUGCAUUACUCUUGAAUGUUGAAUCUGUAAUUACAUUUUAUUGCAAAUCACGGAAUGUCAAAUACAGCACAUCCCUCGGCUGGAUUCAUUUGCUUAAGCCGCUGGUGAAUCUUCAUCUUACACGCAGCGAUUUAUACAACUGCUUUUAUGCUAUCAUGAAUAAGUAUAUUCCCAGGGACUGUUUUCUGAAGGGGAGACCAUUUCAUCUCUUUCGAUUGCUUAUCCAGUAUCAUGAACCUGAACUGUGUUCCUUUCUUGAUACAAAGAAGAUGACUCCAGACUCCUAUGCACUCAACUGGCUUGGAAGCCUUUUUUCAUGUUUCUGUUCAAUUGAAGUGACCCAGGCAAUAUGGGAUGGAUACCUACAGCAAGCAGAUCCAUUCUUUAUUUAUUUUUUAAUGUUAAUAAUCCUUGUCAAUACAAAAGAUGUUAUUUUAGCACAAGAAUCUGACAAUAAAGAAGAAAUUAUUCAAUUCUUGGAAAAUACUCCAUCCAGUUUGAAUAUAGAAGAUAUUGAAGAUCUCUUUUCUCUGGCACAAUAUUAUUACAGUAAAACUCCAGCUUCAUUUAGAAAGGACAAUCAUAGUUUAUUUGGCAGUCCUUUGCUGGGAAUUAAGGAUGACGACACAGAUCUAAGUCAGGCUCUCUGUCUGGCCAUUUCAGUAUCAGAGAUUCUUCAAGCAAAUCAACAGCAAGGGGAAGGAGUUCGAUUCUUUGUGGUGGAUUGCAGGCCUGCGGAACAGUACAAUGCCGGGCAUUUAUCAACAGCUUUUCACUUAGAUUCAGAUUUGAUGCUUCAGAAUCCAUCAGAAUUUGCACAGUCAGUAAAAUAUUUGCUAGAAGCCCAGAAGCAAUCUAUUGAGUCUGGUUCAGUUGCGGGAGGGGAGCACCUCUGUUUCAUGGGAAGUGGCAGGGAAGAAGAAGACAUGUAUAUGAACAUGGUCCUUGCACACUUUUUACAGAAAAACAAAGAAUAUGUCAGCAUUGCCAGCGGAGGAUUUAUGGCACUCCAGCAGCACUUAGCAGACAUAAAUGUGGAUGGACCAGAAAAUGGAUAUGGCCACUGGAUUGCUAGCACCUCAGGCUCCAGGAGUAGUAUAAAUUCCUCUGUUGAUGGUGAUUCUCCUAAUGGUUCAAAUGAUGGGCGAGGAAUGAAAUCAUUGGUAAACAAAAUGACUGUCGCUUUAAAGACAAAAUCUGUGAAUGUCAAGGAGAAAGUUAUCAGUUUUAUUGAGAAUACAUCAACUCCUGUAGACAGAAUGUCUUUCAAUCUUCCUUGGCCAGACAAAACAAGUACAGAGCGACACGUGAGUAGCAGUGACAGAGUAGGCAAGCCCUACCGUGGUGUGAAGCCUGUAUUCAGCAUUGGAGAUGAAGAAGAAUAUGACACAGAUGAAAUUGAUAGUUCUUCAAUGUCAGAUGAUGAUCGAAAAGAGGUUGUGAAUAUUCAAACCUGGAUAAACAAGCCAGACAUCAAGCAUCAUUUUCCUUGCAAUGAAGUAAAAGAAAAUGGACACAUGUUUCCUAGUCAUCUUUUGGUUACUGCAACACACAUGUACUGUUUAAGGGAAAUUCCUUCACGAAAAGGAUUGGCUUACAUACAGUCUCGGCAAGCACUAAAUUCUGUAGUUAAAAUCACAUCCAAGAAAAAACACCCUGAGCUAAUUACCUUCAAGUAUGGAAACAGCAGUACUUCAGGAAUAGAAAUUUUGGCAGUUGAAAGGUAUUUGAUUCCAAAUGCAGGGGAUGCUACCAAAGCCAUAAAACAACAGAUCAUGAAGGUUCUGGAUGCCUUGGAAAGCUAAUAGCAAAAGACCAGGAGAGGUGUGAACAUACUUUCCUAACCGAAUACUAACCUGAGACACUUUAUUUACUCCUGGGAGUGCCUGAGUAGCAGGCUUAAGAUAGGGUAAAUUAUUAUAAUCAAUUUCAGGACUGUUUUGAAAUUUUUAAAUUUUCUUUUGCAUUUUUGGUUUUGUACAAGUCAUUUAUGAUCAAGGUCAUUUACUAAGUGGCUUUAGAGUAGCUGACCUUGCACCUUCAUGGAGUAAGGAUACAAGAUGCAGUUCAGUUUUGCGCAACCUGUUUUAAGACAACAUCCCGAACUUUUCAGGUAACAAUAUAGACACAUACAAAUGUGUGUGUGUGCGUGUGUGUGUGUGCCUGCGUGCGUGUGUGCGUGAUUGCAGUGUCUUCGAUGACCUUGAACGCUAUUCUUAGAAAUUGUUUAGGAAACCUAAUGUUCUUACAUUUGGCUUUACCCACGAAUAUUAUCAGAGUAAAAAUGUUACUCAGUGUAGUAAACAUCUUGCUUACUACUUUUGUUCUUCUUAAAAGGACUGGAAUUCAACCAAUUCCGUGGAUAUGGAGAUUCCAGCUGAUCGAAUAAUGCUACCCUACUGUGAAGUGUAAACACAUGUUUUCUAAAUCACACCACUUAACCUAUGCACAAUUGGGGGAAGUAAUUUGAACACUUAUGAACGAGUGCUUCAAAAAUACUAAACCUGGUACUAAUAGUUACCACAGGAUAGCUAAGAGUAACUUCUAGUCUUAACGAGGAAAAUGGAAUGGGUAAAAGCAUUAUAAUAAGUGGAUAAGUGUGUUAAAUUUGAAAUUCAAAUUGAAAAGGAUAAAAUUGGAGCAGUGAAAAUGGUCUCCAUCACAAGUGAAUUAUAUGGUUUUGUCUAUUUCGAAACCUGUGUGUUUGAGUGUGCAUUGUUUUACACUCAUUUGAGGUUGUGUUCUGUGAUGAGACUAAAUAAAAACUACUAAUCAGAGUGCUACAUAGCUGCAAUGCCUUAUCAUCAUGUCCUUGCUUCUUAAUGUUAUUUUUCCUUUGGUACUUUGUUUUUCAAAGUUUAACCUUUUUGAAAAAAAUUUUUCUUCCCCUUUGAUGCGUUGAAACAUAAAGUGAUCUGCUUUGUUUUGCUGCUUUCUUAGUUGAUCUUUUUCGAUCCAUUUUGAACACAUUUGGUGGGGAGCCCUAGAAUGUGUUUGGGGCCAUGGAAUGACUUUCUAGAAUCCUUUUUUUCACAAGGAAUGUAGCAGAUCCUUAGACUCUUUCAGGUGAUAAAAUAUAAAACUAAUGCUUUGAGGAGUGAGAAAAGAAUCUAACAAUCAACUACUUUAAGUUAUUUUAAUGGGAAUCAAGUGGUUAUGAGGCACCUUAAUUCAGGAAAUAAUUUGCUUUACUAUCUAAAACCAACUGAAUUGAACUGUUGAAGACAUUUGCAUGAAAUUGCACCUGGGGCACACUUGGUAUUUAUAAUCCUGCCCUAUGACUGUUGUAUUACAUUUCCCUUUUCCUGGUUACCUUACAGAACUUCCCCAAGGUCUUUGACUUUUGCCUAAUUCAGCCAUGGGAUUUUUUCCAUGAUAUUAAUGUAAAAAUGUUUGUGUUACUGUUUUUAAAUUACAACUGUAAAUAAACCAGUACAAUUUGCUCAUAA